AUGACAGCAGCAAUUCCUGGGCCAAAAGCCAAACCCCUCGUGGGAAAUUUGUUGGAUCUUAAGGAUGAAGAAGCUCCACUUAGAGCACUCGAACAUAUGGCCGUCGAAUAUGGCCCUAUAUACAAAUUGACCAGAGGAAGUACUAGAGUAAUCGUCGUUAGUUCCGUGGCAAUGAUGGAAGAACUUUGCGAUGAGAGUCGAUUUGAAAAGGCACCGCCAAUGGCACUCUCAAAGAAAGACGAUCGACCAUCUGGUAUGUUUACAGCAACGAAUGAUGAUCCGGAUUGGGGUCAAGCACAUAGAAUUCUUGUCCCUGCUUUUGGACCAUUAGCUAUUGAGCAGAUGUACGAUCAAAUGCAAGAUAUCGGAAAUCAAUUACUCUUGAAAUGGGCUAGAUUAGGUCCUUCGGAGCCUAUAACAAUGACGGAUGAUUUUACUAGACUAACUCUAGAUACGAUUGCGCUUUGUACAAUGGAUUUCAGGUUCAAUUCUUUCUAUACAGAUAAGAUGCAUCCAUUUGUUGAUGCAAUGGUGGGAUUUCUCUCCGAAUCCGGGGAUAGAGUUAGACGACCAGCAAUUGUUACAAGUUUGAUGAGAAAGAAGAACGCUAAAUUCCAAAGAGAUCUGGAUUAUAUGUUUGAGGUUUCUCAAGGCUUAGUACAACAUCGAAAACAAACCCCUACAGAUAAAAAGGAUCUUCUUAAUGCGAUGCUUAGUGGGAAAGAUCCUCAAAGUAAGGAUGAAAUGAGAGAUGAUUUGAUCAUAGCUAACAUGAUCACAUUUUUGAUCGCUGGUCAUGAAACUACAUCUGGGUUGCUCUCAUUUGCUUUCCUCAAUUUAAUGAAAAAUCCGGAUGCAUAUAAUGCAGCUCAGCGCGAAGUGGACCAAGUCGUCGGUAGAGGACCUGUUCGUGUCGAGCAUCUCAAUAAGUUCGAGUACUUGAAUGGUGUACUCAGAGAAUCGUUACGACUCACGCCGACUGCCCCAAUUGUGUCAAAACGGCUUGUUAAGGGUGUCAGUGGAGAAAACGCGACUCUUUCCCGUGGAAAAUAUAAAAUCGAACCAACUGACAAGAUUAUUGUGCUACUUGGAGCUGUGCAACAGGAUCCUAAUGUUUAUGGAUCUGAUGCAAAUGAAUUUAAACCAGAACGUAUGAUGGGAGAUAGUUUCAAGAACCUACCAAGUGCGGCUUGGAAACCAUUUGGAAGUGGAGUUAGAGCAUGUAUUGGACGUGCAUUUGCAUGGCAAGAAGCAUUGAUGAUUACAGCUAUGCUUUUACAAAAUUUUGAUUUUCGUCUCCUGGAUCCGGGAUAUAAAUUACGCAUCAAGCAAACACUCACUAUCAAACCACAAGAUCUUAUAAUGCGAGCUACACUGCGUCAUAGUAUGACAGCUAUGGAUCUUGAGCAUCUCCUAAGGGGUUCAACAUCGUCAAGCAUCAAGUCGCCUGAAAAGUCCACGGCGCCUUCUCCAGAACUACCAAAUAUCUCGCGCCUAAAGUUGGAUUCCAAACCCAUGACAAUACUUUAUGGGUCAAAUACAGGGACUUGUCUUGCUUUCGCACAAAGAAUGGCUUCGACAGCUGCUGGACAUGGUUUUGAAGCCAAAGUUUUGGAAAUGGAUAGUGUAGUUGGAGCAUUACCUAAAUCUCAGCCUAUUGUUAUCAUUACAGCUUCAUAUGAGGGCCAUCCACCAGAUAAUGCAGCUAGAUUCGUCAGUUGGUUAGAGAAACUCGAGCCAACUGCACUUUCAGGAACACAAUUUGCUGUUUUUGGUUGCGGUCAUAGUGAUUGGAGAGCUACAUUUCAAAAAAUCCCAACGAUAGUAGAUAAUCGCAUGGCCGAAUUCGGAAGUCUAAGACUUGUACCUAGAGGUCUUUCAGAUGCAGCCAAAGGAGAUUUAUCCGGCGAUUUCGAUGACUGGUUGAAUAAAACCUUUUGGCCAGAAAUCAGCCGGGGUUCGAAAUCUCAAGGGGCAGUUUUAGAGUCAGGAAUGCAUCUUGAGAUUUCUACUCAACCAGGGGUUACGAGUCUCCGACAAGAUGUCCAAGAUGGUGUUGUAAUUGAAGCUAAAGUAUUGACAGCACCAGGAGCACCUGAGAAACGUCAUCUGGAAAUUGAACUUCCUCCCGAUAUGACAUAUGAAAGUGGAGAUUAUCUUGCUGUCCUUCCGGUGAAUUCGAACCAGAAUGUUAGAAGGGUUAUGAAAGUCUUUGGACUAGUUUGGGAUUCGACCAUUGUUUUCAAAAGUCAGAGUUUGGGCACUUUACCACUUGAUACUACGCUUUCGAUUAGAGAUAUUUUGGGAGGAUAUGUGGAACUAUUCGAACCUGUUAGUAGAAAGAUGCUUCAAACAAUGGCCAAUUCCACCACUGACCAAAACUCGAAACAACACCUCGCAACCAUGUCUACAGAUUCAGAAAUCUAUGAGCAACAAGUCCUCACCAAACGUCUAAGUAUUAUUGACCUCUUAGAAGCACACCCAUCAGUUAAGCUCAAUUUUCGCGAUUUUCUUUCUUCUCUCUCCCCCCUACGAGUCCGCUACUACUCCAUCUCCUCCUCUCCUCUCCAUUCCCCAAACACAUGCACAAUAACCUACAACGUUCUCUCCAUCCCCUCUUUCUCCGGUCCUGGCCACUACGCCGGUAUCUGUGGAACCUACCUCUCCUCUCUCCUCCCCGGAGAUCCUAUCAAAGUCUCCGUCAGACCUAGUAGCAAAAAGCUCUUUCAUCUCCCCUUAGACAUUAAACGAACUCCUCUCCUCAUGUUUUGCGCCGGCACCGGGAUUGCCCCUUUCAGAGGCUUCAUCCAACAACGUGCCAUGCAAGCCGCUGCAUCACCAGACCGCAAACUGGCUCCUGCGAUUCUAUUCGUCGGAUGUAGAUCUUCGACAUCCGAUCGUCUAUAUGCGCGGGAAUUCGAUAGAUGGGAAGACCUCGGGGUAGUCGAUAUCCGAUAUUCUUUUUCGCGCGAUUCGGAUUCUCCGCCGAGUGAAAGAGAGACGGUGAGGAUGGGACAGGGAUAUAAGUAUGUGCAAGAGAGGAUGUUGGCGGAUAAGGAUAAGAAGGAUAUUUUGAGAUUGUGGGAUGAGGGUGCGAGAGUGUAUGUUUGUGGUGGAGGAGCAUUUGUUAAGGAGGUAGGGAAGGCAGCGAGGGAAAUUGUGAGGGAGAGGUUGAGGGAGAAGGGGGUGAUGAUUGAGGGAGGGGAAGAGGAGUUGGAGGAGAGGUUUAGAAAUGGGUUGGUGGAUAGAUGUGCGACGGAUAUUUUUGGGUAG